UCAGUGUCACAUCGCAGACUGUCAAGUGACGAUGUCAUAGCGAUAUCACUAACAUUAUCACGGUUAAAGUUAUUUUCUCAGUUUUCAAAUUAUGAGUGCGUAGGAAUGUAUAUUUUAACGUUAAUUAUAAUUUUUAGAUAAUAAAUAUGGCUUUGUCUGAAUUCAAGGAACUUAUAAGCGGCUUAGCCGUUGUUACAACAGUACUGAAUUUUUUAGCAGGAAUGUUGGUGUGCAAACAAUAUGUGGUCAAUAGAUCUACAGCCGAAGCAUCACCACUGCCUUUUCUUACCGGUAUUCUCGCAUCAGCCUUGUGGCUCAUGUAUGGCAUCACCAAAAACGAUAAUAAGAUAAUACUAGUGAACACAAUAGGAAUAACACUUAUGACAUUGUAUUCUCUUGUGUUCUAUAUGUAUACGUACAAGAAAUCUACGACAUUUAAGCAGAUGGUCUUUACGAUGGGCUUGCUUGUUUCAUCUGUAGGAUAUUUAAGAUUUGAGGAGGAUAAAGAAAUUCUUCUUGGCCGACUGGGAACAGUUGCAUGCCUCGUCACACUGCUGGCGAUAGCUGCUCCAAUGAGCAAGCUUUUCUAUGUGUUAAAAGUGAAGAGCACAGAAUGUCUCCCAUUCCCUAUGAUACUCAUGUCUUUCUUCGUGUCAAGUCUUUGGUUCCUGUAUGGUGUUAUAGAGGAAGAUAAUUAUUUAAUUCUACCAAAUAUUGUCGGCGCGGGCCUUUCGGUGUUCCAGCUUUCGCUGUUCGCCGUCUUCCCCCGGACGCCUGCCCUCUUGCCUAAGAGCGUGUUAGCGUAAUCUACAGACUUACAGGCUAAUGAAUACCCGUUGUGCUGAGAAUUAUGUAAGUUAACCUAUGUUUUACUAGUAGGUUAGGGCAUUACUAUGUCCGUGUUGGCUGUUGCUUAGCGACUAUGAUGCACUUCAUAUAUAAAGCAUUCAGCAUACAUAAAGUACUAUUCUUUAGUACCAGAAAAAAAGACAGGCUAUUUUAAAUUGUUACGUAUUGAAAGAUUUGUGAAAUAUUGAACUCCGUUAUAGACCGCGAGCCAGGAGCAUAUAUCGUCAGUCAUCGCCUCCCGGCUGAUAAUUUGUCAGAUGGUACUUUAGAUGCUAUUUUAAAUAACAAACCGUCAGCCGGUUGUAUCGCGAUGGAAAGACCGUCAGCUGUAAAAUAAACAUGUAAAAAAUACGCGCCUUACCUUACCUUAUACGCAACGUGUAAAUUAUGUAAUCCGAUUAUGGCGUUUCAGGCGUUUCACCUGAUGAAAUGCUACAUACAAAGUUUCAUGAUUUGUUAUUGCUAUCAUAAAAAGGUAAAGCGCUUAUUUUUUACAUGUUCAUGCGACCAGCUGACGCUCUUACCACCGCGAUUUAACCGGCUCACGAUUUUUUUAACAAUAGCAUCUGAAUUAUCAUCUGACCAAGCAUCAAACGGGAGGCGAUGACAAUUUUUUUACGUGUUUCGGUGACAGCUAUUCCUCACCCCACCAACGGAGCGGCAGCUGACGUCCACGAGGGUUCAUCAUACAUAGCCGUUAACCACUAUACGAGUUUUCGCCCGGGAGGCGAUUGGUCAUGGAAAUCUGCUCCUGGCACGCGGUCUAUUAGAAUUGCCAAUAUAAUUGCUAGAUUUUAUAUUUCGAAAUCAAAUGUUUUGAAAGAAAAUGUGCCUAACUAUUAACCCUUUGACCGCCAAAGACGUUAACGGACAUGCUCUGCUACAGCCCAAUAUCAACCUUCGUGCAUUCCGACAAGGUUCACAAUAACGUGCUGCGCACGACGGAUGUGGCGUUCAAAGGGUUGAUUCUAGGAAAGGGGACGACCGCUUCUCCUUACAAACGUAGUUACUAUUUUUGUCUUUGGAUAUUAACAUUUAUAUAUGCUUACACAAUUUGAUGUUUAUUGACCAUAUGGUAUGGCCCUUCGUUGGAUUUUUUUCGAUUUUUUGAUUAUUACCUAACAAGAGUUAGGAGCAAUAAACAAAUUCCAUACAAAUUUUUAAAUACUCCUGGCUCUUAAAAUUAUUAAAAAACCGGACAAACGCGAGUCGGACUAGCCCAUCGAGGGUUCCGUACUUUUUAGUAUUUGUUAUUAUAGCGGCAACAGAUAUACAUCUGUGAAAUUUCAAUUGCUUGUGCUCAUGAACCGUGAUACUAGCUAUCGCGUGAUAUAGCAGCCUGGUGACAGACAGACGGACGGACGGACAGCGGAGUCUUAUUAAUAGGGUUCCGUUUUACCCUUUGGGUACGGAACCCUAAAAAGUUACGCUAACGAAGGCGGUCGUCCACUUUCUUCUUAAAGGGUUACGCAUUUAAGUUCAUUGUCGUAUAUAAAACGACUUUUUAGGUAGUAGUAAAAAAACUGUUUUUAAAGAUCUCUGGUUCUGAUCAAGCAGGUAUAAUUUGUUACUUGUGGAAUAUCCGUAGUUUUUAAUUCUAAUUUAUACAUGUUUAUUAUUGUCAGUUAAUAUUUAUAUGUCCAUGACAUAACAUACAGUAUUGUUUAAUUGUAUGUAAAAAAGUUUUGGUAAGAUCUGUACGGCCACCACCAGUUUAACAGUGACAUAUUCGCUAGCGUGUGCGUAAAUUACUUUCUGUGUAUCUCGCUCGUACGCGCAUAUCAGUGCGAGCAAGAUGUAUAGAAAGUAAGUUACGCAGACGACAGCGAAUAUGUCAGUUCUACGCUGCUAUGGCAGUCGUGGUAAGGCUACUUACUGAGUGAUCUGUAUUCCAGUUAAUACUAAUAUAAUAGGAUUAUAAUAAUGUGUAAUAAAAUAAAAUGUCAAUUAUACAGAGAGUGUAUAAAUAAUGAUUAUUUUUGUGUGAUUUGAUAAUUUGACGAAUCAUUGAAAUAUUUUUUUAUCCAAGUUUAUUAAACUUUAUGUACAGGGUGGGCAAAUAAGAAGUAUACUUUUUGUUUUUAAAUUUUAACUAUAUCAAGUUCAAAGAUUAUUAAGUAUUAAAAAAAAUAUUAUUAAGGAUUGGAAAAUACAUGCGGAACAUAAUGUCUAACUUAAACAGCAGGCAAAUGUAAGCCCUUAUCAUCGCAAUUUUCAGCAUAUUUUCGUAAAUUUAGGGCGUUAUCUUAGUAAAUUUGUGUCAGAUAGUCGGUUUAACUGUUUAAAUUUCAUCAGCUUGUUAGCAUAAACACAUAAUUUUAGAUAUCCACAAAAAUAAAUCAGGAGCUGCAAAAUCUGGGAAAUUUGGGUGCCAAUCACUGUCACUUUUACUCGAAAUGAAUCGAGCAAAGGCAGCAAACAACGUAUUUUAAACAACACAAGCGUUUGAGAAAGAUUUGCUUGCUGCUAGAGGUAGACAUUUGGCAGAAAUUAUCUUCCGUAUACAAUUGCCAACCCUGAAUAAUAUAUUUAUGAAAUAAUAUUUACUAAAUUUAGCACUUAAUAUAAUCAAAAUUUAUAAAAAAGUGUAUCACUCUUAUUUGCCCACCCUGUAUGUGUCAACAUAGAGAGUGCUAGUUUAGUUUAGGUAAUAUAUAUUUGUGUAUUUUAGAUCAACUACCUUAACUGUUUUAAUUUUUGAUAAAUUACCAAUAUAUAAAAUCAAUAAAAAAACUAGGUGUGAGAUAUAGACAUAGAUAUACACAUACAUACCAAACAUUAAAUGUAUGCUUGUAUCUGUGCCUGUAUAUCUAUGGUUUUCUGUAGUAAUUAUAAAUUAUUAAAUUAUCAUGUAGUAAAAGUAAUAAAUACAUAUAGUCUGUCAAGCUAUUUCGGUCAGUAGAAAAAAGCGAUACAUUUAAAAAAUGUAGGCGCGAAGGGUUAUCGUCCCAUAGAAAAUUUUAAUUUCGUGCCUUUUUCUACUGACAAAGUUGUUUGACCGGCAAUACGUACAAAUUAAAUUACUUUACUAGAAUAUUACUUUACUUACUUGACUAGAAUAUUAUUUUACUGUGGUGCUAUAUCAUAUUCUUAGUGUGUUAUUUCGACCAAUCGCAUCGAAAACACUACUAGGUUCCAAAAUUAAAAUAGCUGUCGUGGCUGAAACAGCCGCCAAGCCGAAGUGGGAAAACCUUUAUUAUUUAUUUAGAUAAAUUAUCUAGAUGAAGAUAACUGACCUCGUUUGUUAUUGAAGUAAGCUUGUAAAGUUAGACCCCGGAUUCUUGUCGCGAUGACGUUACAAUAGGGCAAUUUGGGAAGUAAAUAGGACGGUGGCACAAAAUGAUACAUAAAGAAUAAGAUAAGCUAAAAUAUGUAUUCAUAUCACCGGGGGGGGGGAAAAUACGGUUUUUAACCGAAUAAAUUUUAAUAUAUCACAAUUAUAUUUGCCCAAUGCAUUGAUCAAUAUAAUUUUUUGGUAUAUUACUGAAAAACUUAAAUUUCUACGUUAAACUAGUUUUUGAUGAAAAAGAAAUGAUCGGCUGAAUAAUCGUUUCCUUCCACUGUUCCAUUCAGGACAUGUAACAGUUGAUCACAAUGUAAUAUAUAAGAAUUAACUUUAUCAAAUUUUAGGCAUAUUAAAAAUGUUCUUGCCGCUCUGCCAGACUGUAAAUAAGAAUAAAUAGAUAAUGAACAGUCGCAUAAACUCCUAAAAAACAUAAUAACAAUCUUUAUUAUUUGGGACAUUUAAAAUAGUGCUUAAUGUUCACAUUUUCUAUAGUGUAUGCCUCAAUAAAUAACAGAACAGCCAAAUUAUGUAAUUCAGGUCAUUGUCCCUGUUAACUGUUACAAUUUUAAAAUAAAAUUCUGAAGUUA